UUUCUUGUCCGGCACAACAUCCUGGAUCAUCACAGACGAUAAUGCCCGCGUACCAUUCAGCAUUCAAUGAGGUCGCGUGCGCCGAUGCGUGCGGGUUCUCGCUUCUCCCGUUGAAAAGUCGCUCCAGAGGGCCGGCCCCUCCAUGCCCAGACGACCAGGAGGAUAUCGCGGAUGAGGUCUUGACUCUGUUUCGUGCGAACGUGCUGUUCACCAACUAUGAGAUCAAAGGCAACGCUGACCGCGUCUUGGUGUAUGGUACGUUGUUCACGCACAUGUGCCUAAAGCGGUUGGAGAAGUGUGCGACAAAGGCGGAUGCCCAGCGGGCGUUGGCGCAGAUCGCCGCCGACAGCUUCGCUGUCCCGGGUGAUCCGAGCUUUCCCUUGGGGGGGUUGGUCAAGACUGCAGCCAACUCGGCCGAAACUGAAUCGAUUCGCGGGUACCUCAAGCAACUGCGUGAAGCUCUUUCGACGCGCCUGAUUGACCUAGUCUAUGUCGAUGGUACGAACAAGAGCAAGUGGUGGAUGUUCUUCGCCAAGCGAAAGUUUAUGAACAAGGAGAUGCUCAAGUAAGGUCGAAUCUUGAGGUCCAUGACAAGCUUCGUAAGUUUUUCAUCAUGCAAAACGUCAUUUACAUGCACGUUGCCUAUGGGUCCCUCUUGACGCAGCUGUCACUCAGCGAGAUCCCGAACUCUUCGUAUACAUAACUCGGACGCGUCGACGACUCUUUUGUCCAUCGCCGUCAUGAGGCCUCUCUGGCCAAAGAAUGCAUGCGAAUCGUUCGCAUUCCCGC